AUGUUCUCCGGGAAGAACCCGUUUGUCCAUGACCCCACACGCCAUCAACGGAGGCAAUCACAGGUGAGGCUUUAUGGGCAUGGGCUGUGAUUUAUAAGUGGACUAAGAAGAGAGAGAGAGAAAUCGUUUUUUUUUUUGCACCUUGCAGCACGAACCUUCAGGGGUUAUUCUAGCUUCGGAAUGCUUAAGUUAUUCGCAAAUACACCUCCAUGAGAACACACAGUUUUACCAGAUAUAAACGGCGUUUCUCACCUCCUUUCCUUAGAUUCAAGCGUUAGAUAUUGGUUAUAUCUAGAGCCCGUUGACUUUAAAAUGGUCCCUCUAUAGCUGGUAAGUACCAGAAUCACGUAGCUUUAUCCAUUUGCGUCCAUUUGAACUUAAACUCCACUCCUCCUCGAGCUUGUACCCUUUCCCCAUAACCCAGUGAUUUAUAAUGACGCAACGGUCCCGGAAGGAAAGGACCCUUCGGUCAGGACGAUUAUAAUAAAUGGGUGCACAGUAUUUCAUAUUUUGCGUACUUUGGGUAGUUUCAGUAUGAACGCCAACUUCAUGCCUGUUUCUCGGCUCCUCCACCUAUUUUCGUCAACGUGCCGGCCAUGGAGAAUAUUUUCAGCCGAUUGUAUUGGGCGGUGCGAUCGGCCCAGUUUAAGGUGUUUUAUCGGACUGAAGGUAAGGCUUCAAUCUUAUUUUUGCUCUCAGAGGGACUAGCACAGGUGUGUCAGUUCGAAAAAAGUAGAAUUCCUUCAGAUGUAUUUGGGAUGUGUGCCUUCAGGACUUGAGAAAAGUUUUUUUAUGACUUGAUAAACAUGUUUAUAGAAAGUAUUCAAAAUUUCGAAUAAAUUCUAGGGUAAUUCUUGUAUAAGUUCUUUUUAAAUGACAUCAAAUUCGAUUUUUUCGGAGCUCUAGACAACAACAACAAGUACAAGGAAGUUAAUGCGAGCUAGGUAUUAUACGUACCGUAUGGUGCGGUAUUCAGUUAUCUUGUUCUUUUACAUCCCCGCAAUCGAAGUCUUGAUUACAUCACAUAGCAAAUUUUUGAGUGAUUACAUGAUUUAUGCAUUUAAUUUUUAUUGCAAAAGGCAUCAAAUACUCUAAAAAACAGAAAAUCGAGCAGAAUACUCCUAAUUUGGAAUGCCGAAGAAAUCAAAAGUAAUACAGAUUAGUGUCGGCAAAUAAAAUCCUCCCCAAAACACAUAAAAGGUUGGGUUUCAAUGAGCCGAAGGCGUUUCUGCGGUGGCCAAGGGGAACAAACGGACAUUCCCCAAACUUUGUGUCAUAUAAACAGCAGGCCCUCGUCUUGCCCGUCAUAAUCGUGAUCUAUGUCGCAACUUGCAGAGGUGGAUGAGGCCUCGCUGAGCGAGUUGAUCAAGUUCGAGCCAAGCGAACGACCGCCGAGUCUGGAACAGCUCAAGGAAUCGACCAGACAUCAGUUCUCCAACAAAUGGCUCAAAUAUAUGUAUGCGAAAUUCAAGAAUGUGAGUUAAUUUGUGGGGCAUUCCUUGUCACAUUCGACAUGACAUCCUAUCUGGUUUUUGUUUUUAGGAAUGCCCCUCAGGCAGGAUGAGACUUCCAGAGUUCAAACGGCUUUUCGGAUCUUAUAUCCCGCACAGGGCGAGUGAUGCGUAUCUGGAGCGAAUGUUUCGGGCGUUUCUUCAUACAUCACCGUAUACAGAUCAGUUGACAUUCAAGGUAACCUAAGAGUCGCAGAAAAAGAUUCAAAAAUUGCCUAAUAUGUGUGUUCAUGGAGCAGAUUUCCAUCAAAAUUUUUUUUUGAAACAUUUUAUCUUACGAUUUCUGGUCCCAGCCCAUAGAGUAUAAAAAAUAAGCAGAGACAAUCAGAGAACAAUGUUUAGGCUUUCUUUCUUUGAAUUUUAAAGUUGAUUUUUUAUUUUAAAAAAAAGUUUUAAAAAAAGGCGGAAAUUUUCCUAUUGAAAAACCAAAUUUUUUGUAAUUUUGGAUCGCCGAAACUUGUGAUCUCUACAAAUAGAAGGCUAAAAAUUUCGAAUUCUUAUUACAAAAUUACCCUUAAUCAGCGCUUAGCUUCAGCAUAACAUGGCUACCGUACUUUUAAUUUUGUUUCUAAAAAUGGCACCCAUUCAUCUCUAAAAUAACCCGUUGAACCCAAAUAACCCCCUUAUCACCCACUUAACCCACUAAUCCUCGAAAUGGAUCCAUUCAGCCAGUGUGCAGACUACAAUAAAAACAGUGUGUACAAACAUGUUACAAUACUCGGUUAACAAUGCGGGUUUUUGUAAACAAAUAACCCCACCUUUACCUUGUGUUUGCACUAAGAUUCCAAUGUGUUGACCAAUCUCUGAAAUUUAUUCCCUUUGAGUAUUCGAUUACAGGAUCUGAUUGUUUGCCUUUCCUGCCUACAUCAACAUGAUACCAAAUUUCAAGCCGAGUGGACCAUGCGACUGAUUAAUGGGAACUCUUCGUCUCGGAUAUCAUUGCCUGUAAGCCGAUAGCACAUACAGUUUUCUUCAAAUGCGAAUUGAUGAGACAAAAUUUCAAAAGCGUUUUACUGUAUGGCACUGAGAAAAAAAGGUUUGCAGAUUCGGUCAAACCAAUAAAAAAAGAGCCAUGUUGACUUUUGAAGCCCUAAAACACGAUCUUUUCUAGGAAUUCCGUGAAUUCGUCCUUUCAAUAUUCCUCUUGACCGGUGGUGAUCCCAGUAAACGCCUCGACUCAAUGACCCCACUAGCGCCUCAUUCCUCCGUCAAUGACAGAGUGGUCCAUUUGGUCGGCUUGAGAGCGGGAACUAUUUUUCAGGUAAAAUUUAUUCACACAAGACUGCUAGUGUCUUAAAUUCAUGAUUACAUAAUUUGUGUGUUGUUCCUGGAAAAUUUUUGUUUAUCUUCCAAAUUCCAGGAAUUGGACAAGGAGCAGAGAGGCUACUUGACGGCGGACGACCUCGAGCAUUUGUUUCGGAAUCGGGAAAAAAAUGUGCUGUGA